AUGGGGGGUUUGGUUGAAGAAUACUUGCCAGCAAUGGCCAUGUUUGGGCUUCAAGUCACUUAUGCCAUUAUGGCUCUCCUCUCCCGAGCUGCCCUCAUGAAGGGCAUGAGUCCUAGAGUGUUCGUUGUUUAUAGGCAGGCCAUUGCCACUCUUUUUAUUGCACCCAUCGCUUAUUUCUCAAGGCCGAAAUCAAGGAGGUUGUCUUUGGAUUUGAAGAGCUUUUCUCUAAUUUUUCUAGCUGCUCUUGUCGGGGCAACCAUGAAUCAAAAUGUUUACUUUGAGGGAGUUUUCUUGGCUGGCUCGUCAAUGGCGACGGCGAUGACGAAUUUGAUACCGGCGGUGACGUUUGUGAUAGCGACGAUGGUUGGGAUGGAGAGUUUGAAGAUGAGAAGCUUAAGGAGCAUGGCAAAGAUUGGAGGGACAGUGAUUUGUGUGAGUGGGGCUAUGUGCAUGGCUCUUCUUAGGGGUCCAAAGCUUCUCAAUUCAUCAUUAGGGUUUGGGAUGAAAUCUUCAAUAUUUAGUGUUGAAAGUGGAAGUCCCCAUGCUUGGCUCUUGGGUUCCUUGUGUGUCUUUGGGAGCUGUUGUUGCUGGUCAAUUUGGCUAAUUUUACAGGUACCAGCUUCAGCAAGCUAUCCCGACAACUUAUCAUUAUCAGCUUGGAUGUGUUUGUUUGCCACGAUUCAGUCGAUCAUUGUCACUCUAUUAGUAGAGCCAAUGAAGGUAGAAACGUGGAAAAUACAUUCAACAAUAGAAGUCAUUUGUUAUCUCUUCUCAGGAAUUGUUGGCUCAGGCAUUGCCUUCUUUCUUCAAGCUUGGUGUGUUUCAAAAAGAGGCCCCGUCUUCUCUGCAAUGUUCAACCCUCUUUGCACAAUUGUCACAACUAUUUUGGCAGCUAUAGUUCUUCAUGAAGAGAUUUUUGCUGGAAGCUUGGUGGGGGGUGUGGCUGUAAUUAUUGGAUUGUACAUUGUUCUUUGGGGAAAGGCCAAAGAUUAUGUGAAGGAAGAACAUGGGGUUGAAAAAGAAGAAGAGGAUUGUGAAUCAGCUUCAACGGACAGAAGUAGCUCUAAAAUUGGUUUGGAGGAACCCCUUUUGUUUGAAGGAGCUACACAUCAUAUUGACAGCUAGGCAAAAAGGACUUUAUUGCUGUCCUCCACGUGGCAUUUAUGGUCC